AUGCCUUUCGAGAAACAGCAAUUGUACGCGGAGCAGCAUGGCCUGAACAAGGCCAUCGACCUCUCGCAUCACCUUUCAGAUCUCUCGAAGGCGAGGACACUCAGCCCCUUGAAGGGUUUGCAGAAGCACACUAGACCCGAUGCGAUUCAGUUUGGAGGAGGCCUCCCCGCCGCAGCCUACUUCCCCUUCACCUCCCUCUCCGCCGAUACUCUCAUCUCUAACUCUUUCCCCCUCUCGGUCCCUUCAUCCUCCGUCUCUCCCUCCAAGGCUCUCACGCCCACCCCCGCAAACUGGUUUUGGCGUCUCUUCGGUUCCUCAACCGAACAGACCGAAAAGAUCGCCAUCCCCAAAACGCCCUCCGCCAACGACGAAGGUCUCAACCUCUCCGUCGCCCUGCAAUACGGGCCCGCCACAGGCCUUGCCCCCCUCCGCGACUUCCUCCAACACCUCAGUGGCACGGUAUACAAGCCCGCCUAUUCCGAUUUUAGGACGCUCGUGCAUACGGGAAACACGGAUGGGUGGACGAGGGUCGUGUUCACGUUGUUGAACCCGGGCGUGGGGGACAAGAUACUCGCCGAGGAGUGGGCGUUCGCGACUGCGUUGUCCACGGCGAGGCCGUUGGGGGUGGACGUCAUUCCGGUGGGUAUGGACGGGGAAGGUAUGAGUGCGGUUGCUCUUAGGGAGAUAUUGGACGGUUGGGAUGUGGAGAGGGACGGAAAGAAGCCGAGAUUGAUCUAUACGGUUCCCGUGGGACAGAACCCGAGCGGGGCGACUAUGGGGCUACAGAGGAAGAAGGAGAUCUACGACAUCUGCGUCGAACACGACAUCAUCAUCUGUGAAGACGACCCGUACUACUUCCUUCAGUUUGGCGAGUACGUGCACAAGUCGCUUCGCAGCCAUCAAGCCGACGACGAUGAGGAUGACGCGCACUACUUCGGCAGGCUGGCCCCUAGUUUUCUUCGUGUUGACACUCAAGGCCGUGUCAUCCGCCUGGAUACUUUCUCCAAGACAAUCGCUCCAGGGGUCAGACUCGGCUGGUUCACCUGCAACCCCUUAUUCGCUGAGCGUCUCGAACGACAUGGCGAGACGAGCACGCAGGCGCCCUGCGGUUUGGGCCAGACCUUAGUCACGAAGCUCUUGCUGACCUGGAAGUACGACGGCUACGUUCGGUGGUUGCGUGGUCUCAGAAUUCAAUACGGGCUCCGCAGAGACCUCUUCAUCGACAUCCUGAGCGAAGAAUUUAACCUCCACGCUUCUGUUGGUUCGGCGUCCAUGGGCGCUUGGUCAGGUCAGACCGUCUAUACUGCGUAUGCGAAGCCGAAGUCGACGUCGUUAUUUGGGAGUGCGAUGGGUAUGAUGAGUGAGAAGAGGGCGUUGAUCGAGACUCGGAGUCAGAGCCGGAGGUUGUUGAGCUUCGUGGCGCCGAGCAGUGGGAUGUUUGUUUGGCUCAAGCUCUACUUCGACGACCUCCCUAUUGCGCCUCACUCUGACCCCGUAUCACACGAAAUCAAGCUAUGGACGAAGCUCGCAGACGCUGGUGUGCUUACCUCUCCCGGGUGGUUCUUUGCUGCGGACCAGGAAGAGCCGCCGACAGACCCGAACUUGGAGGGGCACAUGAGGAUGAGUUUCUCGACUGCAGAUGAGGAGUCGAUGAGGAAAGGACUGAAGAUAUUCGCGAAGGUUGUGCGGGAGGUGCAUGGGCUAUAGAGUGCUAGGUUUCACGAGCUAUUGAGUGGCAGGACACCUUGAGGAUGCCUAUAUAGAAGUAAGUUCGUAACCAAUGGUAUGUUCAUGGUUGGCCUGAGGUUGUUCCUCGCAUUCUUCGUGUGUAUGAGCCAUUAAUGAGGCUCAAUAGCUCGAAAUACC